UAGCUAGAGAGCAACUACCCUUCACAUGAUUUCAUGCUAGCUGCCGUAGAUAAGAAGAUUGAUUUCGAUGGACAUAGACUGGAACCGAUUUCCAUGUCCAGUCCACCCCAAUUUCGGUGUUGUCCAUUUCGACGAGGAGCGUGGACAGAGGUUCGCGGGACAGAGGUCCAUUUUCGGUGAGAAGCGUGGACAGAGUUCUGUCAUUGCUUACACUCAUUCAUUACAGUACUUGCCCACUCAGUCAUCAUCAUCGAUAUCGUGCAUAUUGCCAUGUCUUCUAUUCAACAGCGCGAGAACUCUUUGGGUGCAUCAACAAGCGGAACGGGCAGUAGAAACGAUGCAUCUGCUCGAAGCCGAUCAGACUCGCAAUACUACAAUGAAUAUGAUACCGACGUCACUGCGGCGUCGACCCGAAGCUCCAAGGAGGACAACAACAACGACGACAGCUUGCCUCUCGUCCGCGUAUUAAUUCAGCAUGGAGUUCCUGUUCCGACGAUGACUGGUAGUAACAGAAAGCGCAAAUGUCGAGAUUGGGAGUACUUGUGUGAUCUUGACGAUGAUGCACGACAGGAGUCUGUCGAAGUGGACAUCUCUGUCGUUAUUCAGGAUGAGGAAGACUCAAAACGACCACGUAACUGGGUUGUCGCUAGUGCGCUGCAAGGAGGAUUGGACAGCGACGAGCAUGAGUUCGCAGUGGAAAUUGAAAAGGCAAAGCUAGAAAGAAUUGAUGAGGAGGCGUACUGGCGGCGACACGGUGACCCAGACGCUCCUUAUUCUCCAACGCGUCGAUCCUCUACGAGCAGUCUGUCCUCUCCGAGCAUCGACGCUGAUGCUGGCGCAGAUGACGAAGACGAUGUUGAGAACGUUUCAGCCUACUCCCCGGGAUACUCAGCGUCAGACUGGAGUUAUAGCUCUCACGACGAUACGAUUGUUCGUGUCUGCUACGCUGCGCUCAAGAGAGAACGAGACCUUGAGAAUUGGAGCGAGAGCACAUUCAAUGACGCAUGCAUCAAUCUUCUGAAUGAAUACUACUCGCGUGAAGACGAUAAGCAUAGACUUUUUAAGGCCAGCAGAAAUGUAGAAUCUCAGCUGCGAGUAAUCUCAAAUCGUACCAACGAAGCUCUAAGCUAAGAGUUUGAGGAAGAAUAAAGGACGGCGGGAGAUUCCAAAACACCAAAGAAGCUUGAGUAUUGCAAAGACAAAGAGCGCAACUUGAGUAGUACAUAGUACAAAGAAAAUAGCAAAACUUUAAGAAGUUUCAUGCCAUAAAUUAUAGAUUCAUUAAUUCAAUGCACCUGGUUCUGCACCUGCCGUAUAAAACUGUCACCGUGAUGAUUCCUUUUAGAAGGGUUCCAUGCAUCUCUCGUCUCUUAUUCCCACUAAACUCGGGCCAGUACUGACUUUCGUUGACUACCAUGGCCAGUCAUACCGGUACCAGAGAGAUCCCUUCCUAUUGGCUCAAAUGCCAAAAUAAUGCCCAAACGCUUGCGCAGCAGCAGGAAAAGACAAGAGCAAAACUUUACUUCGAUAAAAUAGAUUCAUUCAAUAUACCUCA